CGACGAAGAGCGUUCUCACGCAUAAUGACAAUGGUACCCGGUGGACCCACAAACUCAAGCACCCUCCUUAUACUGCUUCUCCUUUCAAAAAGCAUAUCGCUCCUCAAGCUGCAUGAGUUUAGAGUCCGGCCUUUUCUUGCUCUGUCACACCUCCAGGUGUCUUAGUUCAGAACCCGCUGUAUUAACACCACCUCGCUAGUGCUCCGCGACAUACGCUGCCCGAGAGCUCGAGUGAAUGAGACUAUUUGAGACGAAGACUUGUAUUCUGCGUCUUGCGCUAGUCACACAGUCCGUCUUCUGCGGACCACUUCCUGAAUCAAAAUGAGAUAUCUUCAUCUUACAACGUGAGUUGCUUUUUUCAACAUUACAUUUUCGCAAGUACCAAGCAUCCUUGCGGCUCUGACACUGCCGCCAGCAAUCGAUGCACCGUGCCGUGACGCACAGGAAACAUCAGGAAGACGCAGGACACGACUGCAAGAAGCCAGACCCUAAUUUUUCCUGGUUCUUCGUUGCAUUCUGCCGUUUCCUAUGCAACGUACAAUGCUACCAUCGUGUUCUUCCUUCCACUAGGGGGACCACUCGGCUUGUGUGGUUUCUGUUCUGUUUUAAGGCCUAGUCGUUCCAUGAGACGAGUGUCUAGACGCGACAAGGCCGUCCGAAGUAUGUGGUGUUUCUUCUCACGGUCUCGUCACAAGCAUCAUCUCUUUCGCGUUCGUCUCUGAAGAUGCACUCUUGGCUCAUUGCUGUGCAUUGUGGAAGAUUUGUUUUUCGUUGUGGCUAAGGAGGUUGUGCUUGCGGCGCUGGUGUAUCGAUUCAACGAUCGAAACAACAGUGUGUGGCUUCCCGUUUUGUGGGCAUAUUCAGUGGCUCUGGUGAUGACAGAAAAGAGGUCCGUAAUCUCCUGUAAAGUUAUGACGGGCCGGAUUCUUGGAUGUCGAGCUGUGGAUCUUCUGCCUUACCCACACGACAACAACCCCGCCGACGAGCUGUGAAACUUGCCCAUCAUGGCACCUCCGCCGUUGUGUGCAAGUGAGGAAGGACCUAGCAGGAUGCUUUCACGUGGGACGUUUGGACCAGGUGGCUGCCGAUGCGCCUCAGACUCAGAAGACGUGUUGGGUGCAGAAGAUGCGGCAUUUGGGGAGCUGGAGGGAGCGCCGACCCUCGCAGAGCACGAGACGUCCGUCGACGGAAGUGUCCAGGAAGAGCUAUCAAAGUUGGUCGAUGGCCUUGUGGGCGAAGAUGGCAGAAUCCGAUUGGGGGAUUUCGAGAAACUGUCAGGUUGUUCGCCGUCUAUUUUGGAUGCCUUACAGAAGAAACUUCCACGGCAGCUUUGCUGGAAUGUCAGUCAAGUCAAAGAGGUUCUUCUCAAGGAAGUCGUUCCGCCCCACACGUGCCUCCCCACUUUCACAGAUUCAUCCAAUGCUCCUUCAGUGAGUGGUAGACACCAGCUUCAAGAGGGCUGUUCAGAGUGUCCUACUCGCUUUCCCUGCUCUACCGACUUGCCCCAAAAUGGAAAUGUAACGGAAGCAGACAGCCAGCCGUGUGCUUCUUCUUCGGUUGGAGAUCUAGCGCAGUGUAGUGUUUCCAUUGUUUUCGUGCGGGAUGAGGCUGUGCUGACUCCUAAAUCCUUUACACCGCAAUCUGCCAACGUAGUGACGCCCUCAGGCACGCGGUCGCGUGGGUCUCCGGCUGUUAGCUCUCGGCGGCCGCGGCCGUCGACUCCCCAGGGGCACAUGGUGGCAUCCCCAUCACCAUUCCGCGGUCAGGGCUCGCGAGUGCAUAAGGAGCGACUUGAUAGAGAACCGUCCUUCUCUGCCGACUUCACGUUUAGUGCGGGAAUGAUCUUUCGACAAGUCGCUCAAAGGCCGGCUUGCACGGCGGCGGAAGACCAAGAAGUUCAGAGUGGCGUCGAGGAUGAUGCUGAACUGGAUGUGGAAAACGCACCAGCUCAACAUCGUAGCCGCAGCAGCACUUUAAGUAAUUGCGACGAACUGUCGCCACUAAUGAAUCGUGUCGUUAGUCUGCGGUAUCAGAGUAUAGCGAGAAGUCCGAAGGUUGGUGGUUUGCCAGGUACUAUGAAGAUAGUCUCAUCGAUGUCGCAGUCUGGUUCAUCUGGAGAUCGUAGUGCAGUGGCGCCGGAGACGACUGCGGGCGGCAGCGACUGUCGAAUGAGAUCUCGCACUGUCGAUGUGCUUGGACAAGGAAUGGGAUCGUUCGAAGGCGAACCAGGUUUCGCACCGUGGCUAGGACAGGCCUCCGAGUGGUUGUCGCCGGAUCUCCAGGAGGUAGCCGCCUUGUUACAGCGGGGUACAUGGAACCGGUCGGGAGAAUUUACGGACAAAGUCGGGAACCGAAGUGAAUACAUGGGCCAUGGCAAACAGGCCCGGUAUUUCGAACGCCUGGACAACGUUAUGGAGGGCGACAACAUGGAACAGCUCGUCAAGCGUGCAAAGCGGAAAGUCUUCGUGUAUAUUCAGAAUGCCUUCCCCACCCCAGAAGGUCAAUCGCUAACAGGGCGAUGUGAUAGCUCUUUCUUUACGUACCCGGAGAGCUCGAAGCAUCGGCGGAGCAGCAGUCUAUGGAACGGUGCGAACUUUUCAAUUGAGGGUGAAGUCGCGAAGGAAGGAGAACGAGAAGACAGUUCAGCUAGUGCUUUUUUCAGUGAACGGUCUUCUGUAAACAAGGUACUAAAGGCAACUGACAGGAACAAGACUUCGAAUGCCAUCGACGGUGGCUCCGGAACGGAUGUGACGGCGGAGGAGGAAGCUAUCGUGGCAACAGGAAACAAAGGUGAAAGAGUCGGCGACGCAGUUCACGAGCGGCAUGUAGCUGCUGUCGACGGAGGUCUUGUGCUCGAUUGGACGCACGCAGCACAUUUGAAAAUGAGUUUUCUACAAAUGACAGACUUCUUUCUUUCCUUGUGUUACCACUUCGGUAUUCUGUUCAACAAAGAAAAGGAGCAGAAACUUGAAGAGCGCCAGCAUCUUCAAGAUACCCUAGACAGAUACAAAACAAGGGUCCAGUUGAUGGAGCAGAAGCUGAAGAUCAAUUUCGAUCUAGUGCAGCAGCAGCGCGAGCAGCUUGACGCACUGGAAAGGGACAUUCAAACACGCGACGACAUCGAUCGAAGACGAGAGAGAGUAAUUGUUGAACUGCAGAGCCGUCUGAGGAAAGAACACCAAACACAUAUUGAGGAACUGCGGAAACGCGAUGAGGACGUGGAAGAGAGUCGUCGCCUCUACGACGUGUUGAAACGGAAGCAUGUGAAAGUGUCAGAUGAGAACGCGACGUUGCACGAUCAGCUGGAGUCAGCCGAGGAGAAGAUUGCAAAUUUGACUGCGGCUGCGGCCAAACGUGCGGCAAGCAGACAGUUACAGUAUGGCACGAAAGUCUUUUCCGACACACUCGCGAGGACGUCUUUAGUUGAAGAAAUGGAGUCUCUUCUAUCACUCCCAUUCAUUUCUGGUUACCGCGCGUAUACACUACCUCUACGGCGACCAGAGCGCGGUUCGCAGAUGUUAGCCUUCCACAAGUUGGCACAGAAGAUCGACGUGGACAGCGGGAUACGGGGCAUGUCACUGCUUGAGGAGCUACUGCGAACGGGCAGCGACAUGAAUUUACCGCAGAUACAGAAAAGAAGAGCAUCAGAGCCACCGUCAGGGCCUACAACGCAGCAGUGGUCACUGCCUUUGGAACGUUGUGAGGAAGAGGCGCCUUCGGGCCGUGUUUCAGGGGUAGCUCCUGAGCCUGCUGUAGUGAUGUUGCAUGACGAGGAGCCACCCUUGCCUUCCGUAAUGUUUCCUCCAGAGAGUCCACCUCAGUCAACCUCGUCACCAACGAGAGAAUCUGUGGGUCGGUUAUUGCUAUGCUACCUUUCCUCCGGUACAGAGGAGCUGGUGUGUCCACCGCCUGACGAGCGGUUGCCACACCAUAUCAUAAAGACAGUGAUCCGACGGGUUGUACGCGUCGAGAAACCUUCAUUAAUGAGGCGGUGGAAAGCGCUGAAAGCCCAGAAGCGGCUGUUGUCGACACAGAAAAGACAAGCACAGCGCGAUUCCACCAGUGAACUGCUGGAAUGGUUAGAGGUGAAAGUAUGUCCGGAGAUGCCAGAGAAAACCAAACGCCCUCGAGAUCUGCAUUUCGUAGCGGCUCUAGGCCACCAGGCUUUGAUGCUACAAAUGAAGCAGUGCCAACGAAGACGAGAGAGACAUGGGAGUCGUCACCGACCGAGUGGAAAAAGCAUCAUACAAGAGUUUUUGAACCGCCACGUUGCAACGUGCCAAUCUUGCACAGCAAAUUGUGCAAGAGAGUUGUCCACUCGUGAGGAGAACAUAAACGACUUUUUUCACGAUUAAGGAUGUUUCAAGGCAGUGUUUGUUGAUGGGAAGUGAAAAACUCGAAAGCUAUACCGAGGGGAGACGAGUGUGAUGAAUCACAGGAGUGCAUCACUGAAAAUUGUGCUCGGUGCAUCUAAGAAGUGUCUUUCGACGAAUAUGGUCUCCCUGAUCAUUCGAUGCCACUUUGUGAAAUGUGGUGUCGACGUCGAAGGCUGUCGACGUCGAAGGCUGUCGCCGUACGAGAAUCGCUUGGAGUACUUACCAGUGCAAGUCGCGGUGUGAAAACUCUUCUUCAAUCACGGUCAAUGCCAUACAUUGUCCCCUUUUAUCUCGUCCUGGGGACAACUUGCCACGCGGAACAGAGACCAUCAACGGAACAGGUUAUUUUGUUCAGUGCUACCAUGAAUAUCCAGCGGUGGGUCAUUAAUGCGUGCCUUGUGUUUCUGAUGGAUUCGUUCACCCGUCGCUGCUGGGGAGGUUUCUGAGUAGCCGACAGUGAUUGAUCGUGCCAAAUUCUGCACAUGAUCGUUAUGCUGGUAGGUAAAUUUUCCAUUUUGCAUGAAUGCGAUGUUGAACUCCCUUGUCGGUGUCAUGGUGAGCUCGUAGCAACGUUUUGUUUUAGGGUCUAGAGUCCCGAAACACGAACUGCGUAAAACUUCCAUCAGGCUUCACUGACGAAUGAGCGUAAGCAAAGAUGUAGCGUUCGUCUAACAGGAAAUGCUUUUUCAGGAACUGGAACGUCCCACGUAGGAGGUUUGGGUACUCAAGCAAGCCCUUGCAAACAUGAUAUCUACUGUAAGGGCACUAGAAUUCAAGACGAAACAGUGGAAUGAAGCGUCUGUUACGAACGACAAUG